AUUAUUAUACAAGUUAUGCCCAUUCAAUCAACUUAUAAUACCUUCAAGCAACACUUAACUCAUCGACAUCUACUUUAUUGUCAUCAACGUACAGAUGAAUUACAACUGACUUCUUUAUUAAAACAAUUCCUUAUCAGAUACCCACAAUGGCAAUCUCAAUUAGCAAUCACUCAUAUUUCUUCAAAACGACAACAACUCGAUGCCAUUCCUUUUUAUCAUCAAGACAUUCCCGAUAUUUCCCUGGUGGCUUUAGCGGAUAUUUGUCUUUUGAUAAUGAAACCUGAAGAUCAACAAAAAUGGUUAAAGGAAGCUUAUCAUCAUCGUCAACAUGAUAUCUCAACAAAGAAUCAUCCUAAACAACAAUAUAUUAUCCUUAUUGAUCCUUCAGCUCCUUUACUUCCUCCAUCUCCUCCAUUAUUACCUGUUGAUCUAUACAAAAUUAUUACUAUUCGACAUAUUCAUCAAAUCCCAUCUACUCUUCAUUCCAUCUUAUCUACCCUUGACAACAAACCAUCGGCCAUCUUACCUUCUUAUCCUACCUCUUUGAAUUUAAAUCAAGUGAUUCAAUCAUAUCAAGAUGCAAAGAAUCGACGUUUAUUCUUAUUUGAUUAUGAUGGUACAUUGACGCCGAUUGUUCAGCGACCUGAAAUGGCCCUUCCCAGUAAUGCAUUGAUGAAUGAUUUGACCAUGCUGAGUCGGGAUCCCCUGAAUACGGUUUGGAUUAUUUCUGGUCGAGAUCGAAAGUUUUUACACAAUUGUUUUGGUCAUUUGCAUGCUCUUGGACUUAGCGCAGAACAUGGAUCAUUUAUGAAAAUGCCAGGAGAUACAGUGUGGAUGGAGAUGUUGACUGAAGCAAUGGUAUUACCUUGGAAACGACAAGCCUUGGAUAUUUUUUCUUUCUAUACUCAACAAUUACCUGGCACUGAAAUCGAAGAAAAAAAAUCCUCUAUUACUUGGCAUUAUCGAAAUGCACAUGAUCAACAAGCUGCUUUAAGGAAAUCUCAUGCAUGUCAUCAAGCUCUUUUGGAUAUUCCUGGUGUGGAUGUUUUGGUUGGAAAAAUGAAUCUUGAGGUAAAAUCAGUACUUGUGAAUAAAGGCAAUGUAGUGAAACGGAUUUGUCAACAACAAGAGAAUGCGGACUUUGUAAUGUGUGCAGGCGAUGAUCAAACGGAUGAAGAUAUGUUUAAAGCACUUUAUGAUACUUCGGCUUAUACUAUCUUGGUCGGUCCUUCCAACAAAUUGACAUUGGCAAGAACUUGUGUAGAUUCCAGUCAUCAUGUGGUAGAUUUGUUGGGUCAGCUGGUCCACAACUCAAGUUCUUUAUAACCUCUUCUUUAUAUCAUUUAUUUAUCGGUUUUUUUUAUUUAUUUAUUUAACGUGUAUAUAUAUUUCUUUUUCCUUUGAUACCGUUUCUUUUUUUCUUCUUUUUCUUAAUAAACAAUCCAUGCUUUCCAAAAUAUCUUAAAAUAACA